CACAAUUAUAUAAAAAAAAAACAAUCAAUAUAAAUUCAACAAAUAUUCCAAUAAAAAAAAAUGAAAAACAAAAAUAUCCUAUAAACAAAUUACAACGUAUUAACAAUACAAAUGUUGCAACAACAAUGAAUUCAAUAAAAUCAAAAAUAAUGAAUACUAAAAAUAUAAAAUAUCAAGAAAAUGUUAAUUAUUAUUUGGGUCAUGUCACACAAACACGACCACAAUUAUCAAUGAUGAAAAAAAAAAAUCAAGCACUAAAAUUUCAUUCAAUUAUUAAGGAUCAUGAACAUGAUAAAAUAGCUGAAAAAAAAAUUCCAGUGUAUAAAAAAUUAUUGGAUAAAAAUUUGGAGGAAAUUUCACAAAAAUUGGAUGAAAAUAAACAUGAAAUAACAAGUGAAAUGAUAAGCAUUGAAUUUAAUAAAGAUGAAGAGUUAAAUGCUGCACAAGAAUACUACAGAGCUGAAUCAAUUUCUUUGCUUAAACAAUAUUGUGAAAUUUGUGCUGGAUACUUUGUCGCUAGCCAGAUGGUUUCAAUGUUUAAAUGUACACAUCACUGUUGUAAUGAUUGUGCAAAAAAUUAUUUUACAAUUCAAGUUACUGAAAAAAUAAUAACUGAUGUUGUUUGUCCAUUUUGUAAAGAACCAGAUUUAACAGAUGCAAAUGAAGAUGAUAUACUUGAAUAUUUUAGUAUACUUGAUAUUCAAUUAAAAUCAUUUUUAGAUCCACCAAUUCAUGAAUUAUUUCAACGUAAAUUAAGAGAUAGAACUUUAAUGCAAGAUCCAAAUUUUAAAUGGUGUGCUCAGUGUUCAAGUGGAUAUUAUGUGACUCCUAAUCAACAACAACUAGUCUGUCCUGAUUGUCGUUCUGUUACAUGUGCAUUGUGUCAUAAAUUGUGGGAGAAGCAGCAUGAAAAUUCAACAUGUGAAGAAUUUGCUGAAUGGAAAGAAGAAAAUGAUCCUGAUAAACAAGCUGCUGGUUUAGCAAAACAUUUAGCUGAAAAUGGUAUCAAUUGUCCAAAAUGUAAUUUUUGGUAUUCACUAUCACGUGGAGGAUGCAUGCAUUUUACAUGUAAUCAGUGUAAAUUUGAAUUUUGCUGUAGUUGUGGUGAAGCAUUUAUGUUGGGUGCAAAAUGUUCAGUAGGUCCAUACUGUUCAAAAUUAGGUUUACAUGCACAUCAUCCACGUAAUUGUUUAUUUUAUUUACGUGAUAAAGAACCAGAAUUAUUACAAGAACUACUUAAAAAUAAUGGAAUUGAAUAUAAAACUGAAAAUUUAACUGAUGAUUAUAAAUGUCAAGUUCAAUUACAAAAAGAAACAGCAAAUGGUGUUAUUGAUACUGUUUGUAAUUCUGAUGUUGUUAUUAAUUACGCUGGACUUUGUAGGCAGCAUUACAUUGAAUACUUGGCAAGUAUUAUACAAGAUGCUAAAUUGGAUCCAAUCGAAAUUUUUGAUAUAAAUGAAGUGAAACAAGAAUUGCGCCGAAGGGGAAAAGUUCUGCCUUGUAUAUCAAAUGAAAUGUCUGAUCAGGAUUAUCUCAAAUUUUGUAUCAAGGUUGUACAACAAGAAAUCCCAUUGCAAUAAAAAAAAAAUCUUUAUGUAUGUUUAUAAACACAUAAUACUUGAUGCCAUUUAUCAAAAGUUAAUUUGUAAAUUGUUGCUAAAAAGGCAAAGCCUUAUGACCA